UGCGCCCUCACCCGGCCACGUUGAAUUUGAGGUUAGGUGUUGGACUUUCACAAUUUUCACCCAAGUUGCGACAAUUCGCGUUUUAGCGUGGAAAAGUGCGAAUAAAAAAUGGUUCUGGACAUCGAUGUAUUUCGCAGUGAUAAGGGACACGAUCCCGAUGCAGUGAGGAAGAAUCAGGUGAAGAGAUUUAAGGAUGUGGCACUCGUGGAGACGGUGAUUGAGUGCGACACCGAAUGGAGGAAUCGCAGGCACAAGGCGGACAAUUGGAAUCGCCUCAAGAAUACAUGCAGCAAGGCCAUUGGGGAGAAGAUGAAGAAGAAGGAGCCAGCUGGGGAUGAUGCUGAGCCCGUGCCGGAGGGAAUUGUUGGGAAUCUCGAGGGGAUUACGCCCGAGGAGCUGAAGACGUUGACGCCGAAUCAAAUUAAGAAGGUUCGUGUGCUGAUUGACGAGGCCAUUGAGGCCAAUGAGAAGGCCCUUCAGGAGGCUGAGACGAAGCGCAAUGGAGCUCUGCGCGAGGUGGGAAAUUACCUCCAUGAAUCCGUGCCCGUGAGCAAUGAUGAGGAUGAGAAUCGUGUGGAGAGAACUUUUGGGGAUUGCAGCAAAACCGGGAAAUACUCACAUGUUGAUCUUAUUCACAUGAUUGAUGGGAUGAAUGGCGAGAAGGGAGCUGUGGUUGCGGGAUCCAGGGGGUAUUUCCUCACGGGACCAGCUGUCUUCCUGGAGCAGGCACUCAUUCAGCAUGCACUGCAUAUUCUCUUCCGGAAGGGCUACAAACCCCUCUAUACGCCCUUCUUCAUGCGCAAGGAAGUGAUGCAGGAAGUGGCUCAGCUGUCGCAAUUCGACGAGGAGCUGUACAAGGUGGUCGGGAAGGGAAGUGAGAAAGUUGAGGAGGGUUCUCUGGAUGAGAAAUACUUGAUUGCAACGUCGGAGCAGCCAAUUGCAGCUUUUCAUCGUGAUGAGUGGAUUUCGGAAUCGGCGCUACCCAUUAAAUAUGCCGGGAUGUCCACGUGCUUCCGGCAGGAGGCUGGCUCCCACGGGAGGGACACUCGUGGCAUCUUCCGGGUGCAUCAAUUUGAGAAGAUUGAGCAAUUUGUACUCACAUCACCCUUUGACGAUGAAUCGUGGAAAAUGAUGGAUGAGAUGAUUGGCAAUGCCGAGGAGUUUUGUCAAUCCCUCGGUAUUCCCUAUAGGAUUGUUAACAUCGUAUCAGGAGCCCUGAAUCAUGCUGCUUCAAAGAAACUCGACUUGGAGGCGUGGUUUGGUGGUUCCCAGGCAUUCCGGGAGCUUGUCUCCUGCAGCAACUGCCUGGACUACCAAGCUAGGCGCCUCCUUGUGCGCUAUGGGCAAACGAAGAAGAUGAACACCAGCGUGGAUUUCGUUCAUAUGCUCAAUGCGACCAUGUGCGCCACAACCAGGGUGAUCUGUGCCAUCCUGGAGACACAUCAAACGGAAACUGGUGUGAAAGUUCCGGAAGUUCUCAAGAAAUACAUGCCAGAGUGCUACCAGGAGGAGAUUCCCUUCGUCAAGCCGGCUCCCAUUGAGAAUGAGAAAGUCGCGAAGAAGGACAAGGGGAAGAAAUAGAUUUUGAGCGUCCAGGAAGCAUUUUUAUCGAGCUAAUUUAUCCUCCACAUUCUCUUCUUAUAUGAAAAAUUAAAAUAAAAGCUUUGCAAGCUUCAAAGAAA